UUAAAACCGCUUUAUAGAAAAUAUUCUCAUUAUAAUAGCAUCAUUUUUACAGUAAUAAUAUUAUUAAUUCAUAUUUAAUAUAAAAAAAUGGGUAAACUAAUUAUUUAUGGAAAUAAAAUGAGCCCACCAGUACGAGCAUGUUUUCUCACAGCUGCGGCAAUCCAAUUGGAUUACGAGUUCCGUGAAUUAAAUGUUAUAAAUGGAGACCACUUAAGUCCCGAAUAUGUGAAGAAAAAUCCUCAACAUACAUUCCCAAUGCUAGAAGAUGAUGGAAAAUAUAUCUGGGACAGUCAUGCAAUCAUUGCAUAUUUAGUUGGAAAAUAUGCCAAAGACGAUUCACUAUAUCCAAAAGAUUUAUAUCAGCGCGCUAUUGUCGAUCAAAGAUUACAUUUUGAAUGUGGUGUUCUAUUUCCAAAAUUAAGAGAAAGUCUUUUAAUUGUUGUCCUGAGAAAGGAAAGAUCAGAUAUUCCACCGCAAUUGGUUAACGAUAUAAUUGAGGCAUAUGAUUUUUUGGAGAAAUUUUUAGGUGAUAACGAAUAUAUGGUUGGGAAUUCUAUGACAAUUGCUGAUUUUUCAUUGAUUUCAACGGUUUCAUCGGUAAAAGGUUUGAUUCCUUUAUCAGAAGAAAAUCAUCCUCAAUUAAUAAAAUGGGUCAAACGUAUGGAAACUUUACCGAAUUAUUGUGAAAACAACGGUGAAGGCGCGCAGGCUUUGAUUAUUUUUGCGAAACAAGUAAUGGCUGAAUUGAAACAUUCUAAUAAAAUGCAAAAACCGAUUUUAUAUGGUAUUCUUGCAAGUCCACCUGUGCGUACUACACUCUUAACCGCUCACGCUAUCGGUUUGGAUUUUCAAUAUCUUGAAGUUGAUCUAUUAAAAAAAGAACAUUUAAGUGAGGAAUUUCUCAAGAAAAAUCCUCAACAUUCAGUUCCACUGUUGGAAGACGAAAAUGAAAAGUAUAUUUGGGAUAGUCAUGCAAUUAGCACAUAUUUAAUAACCAAAUAUGCUAAAGAUGAUAGUUUGUAUCCGAAAGAUCCAUAUAAGAGAGCAUUAAUUGAUCAAAGAUUGCAUUUUGAUUCUGGCGUAUUAUUUCCAAGAUUGUUGCAAGUAGCUAGAAAAAUUUAUGUGGAACAUACUGAUAUUAUUCCACAAGUUUACAUUGAUCAAGUUUAUGAGGCGUAUGACUUUGUUGAAAAAUUUUUGGAAACAAACACAUAUAUCGUUGGCGAAACUUUAACUGUAGCAGAUUUUUGUUUUAUUUCCAGUAUAACAUCAAUGGAAUUUAAUUGUCCUGCGUCACCUGAAAAAUACCCAAAAAUAAAUACUUGGAAAAAGAAUUUGGAAAAAUUACCAUAUUAUUAUGAAGCUAAUGGAAAAGGUAACGAAAUGAGAAACAUGUGGUUUAAAAAAAUUUUACAAGAUAUCAAAAGCAAAGCUUAGUAUAAAAGUAAUAUAAUAUAUAUUAUAUUGUAGCUAAUAUUAUAAUAUGUAUAUAUAUUUAUAUAAAUAUUAUGUAGUAAUUUUGUUUUCACACAUUAAAAUAAAUGUAAUUGUGUAUUGGACAAUUUCAAUA